AUGCCGACGCCUGUGACUCUUCAUAUCUACCAUGUCUCCACCAAUUCAACGGUGGGCACUGUGAAUGAGUACCUGGAGGCCAUUGGCACAGGGGCCUUCCACGCGGGAGUGGAGGUCAAUGGCGUGGAGUGGAGCUAUGGCUAUGCGCCUGACCGAACGGGUGUGUUUUCCAAUCCGCCGAAGGGAUGCAAGGCUCACGUUUACAAGGAUUCCUUGGACAUGGGCGAAACAUCCAAGACCGAAGCGGAGAUUGAUGAGAUCCUCGAGCAGCUAAAGGAAGAUUGGCCCGGCUUCGAGUACGAUCUGCUGCGACGCAAUUGCUGCCUCUUCAGCAAGGAAUUCGUUGAGAAGCUUGGCACUGGCCCUGUGCCCGGUUGGGUUACGAACCUGGCUGCUGCGGGUGCGACACUCCACGAUGGCAUCCUCAAAGGCAAGGAGAUCGCCGACAAAGCCGCUGUCAUGGCCAGAGCUAAGGCUGGAGAGAUCGAUGCGAAGUACAACAUCAGCGGGAAGGUCUCGGCCGGUGCAAAGGAAGUGAUGCUGGCGGCCGGACGCUUUGACGAGGAGUACAAAGUUCGAGAGAAGGCUUUUGCAGCUGCAGUUGCGGUGAAGGCCAAAGCCGGAGAGCUCCACCAGGCAGCGAAGGACAAGGCAGCCGAGAUACACAAGGACGCGGACGCAGACGGCGAUGGCGUGGUCAGUGCAGAGGAGAUGAAGGCCUACUUGAAAGAACAGCUGCGGGCGUCCCACGAAAAGGCCAUGAAGGCAGCAAAGGACCUGCACUCCAGCGUGGACAAGGAUGGAGAUGGCAAGAUCACCUUCGAAGAAGCGCUCAAAGCCAAGGAAGCUCAGCCAAGUGAUGUCCAACUCACAGGAUUGGACAUGUUUGCCAAUGUUCGCCAAGGCUACCCUGCAGGCGCCGAAGCAGCCGACGACUGGCAACAGGUGAGCAGUAGCCGGAAAAACCGAAGGAGGCCUAACGAAGACUUUGGUCCGUCGGAAUCCUUCUUCAGCAGCUCAUUCAACGACAGCCUUGGACGUGCUCACAUGGAACAGCCAGAGCCAUUCCUGUGCACGAAUCCAUGGAGUGGCUUCAAUGCAUCGGCAGCGCCCUUUCAGCAAAACCAGCAGUUCGCGGCGGCGAGGCAGCACCCAGAAGCGCCACAGCGGCCUGCGAGGCAAGACGCCUCCAGGGCGAGCGCUGGCACAGCCAAUCCCCGACAGCGAUGUCGGGAAGGUCAGGAUCAUGGGGAACGCCCUCCCCACACUUCGUACACAGGACAGGAUGCUCAGAGGCAAGCUCCGAAGAGUUGCCCAAGGCGUCCGCCCCGCCGGCCGGUCGCAGAGGACCGCUGCGAAGGUCCUGUGGACGACCGGAAAGUGCGC